AUGGCGACAGAUACUAAGGACGCGAAGGACGUUAAAGACGUCAAAGACGAAACUCCUGCCGACACUCGGGAUGCACUCGAAGUGCUGGAAUCUGAAGCCAAGGAGUGGGAGAAGGCAAGCCAGACAACAGCCACGCCCAACUAUACCAACAUCUACACCCCCAAUUCAGAUGCCGAGAUAGACCGUAUCCUCAAGGCCUUCCGGCUCGACGCCUACUCAGUCCUCGGCCUCAAGCCCGGCGUGACCGAAUCCGACAUCAAGAUUGCUUACCGCAAAAAGUCCCUGCUGAUCCAUCCCGACAAGACCAAAAACCCCUUGGCGCCUGAGGCGUUCGACCGACUGAAGAAGGCGCAAACGGAGCUAAUGGAGGAGAAGCACCGCAAGAACCUAGACGAAGCCAUCGCGGACGCGCGCAUGCUGCUGAUACGCGAGAACAAAUGGACGGUCGACAGCCCGGAGCUCAAGACGGCCGAGUUUGAAAAGAAGUGGCAGGAGAAGACCAAGUUCGUGCUGAUCGAGAACGAGCAGCGACGACGCAGACAGCUCAAGGCGCAGAUGCAGGAGGAAGGCCGCGAGCAGCGGAAAGCUGACGAGGAGGCUGAGCAGCGCAAGCGCAAGAGGCAGCACGAAGAGGACUGGGAGAAGACGAGAGACCAGCGCAUCGAUAGUUGGCGCGCGUUUCAAAAGGGCAAGUCUGGGGAUUCGGAUAAGAAAAAGAAAAAGAAGUUGAAGCCUAUUGGCUGAACAAGAAGAACCUGCAUGCUCUUUCAUAUGAGCAUGCGUAGCAAUACUCGACUACGGCAAUUGCAAGAUGUGUUCAUCAACGAUGCAGCAGCGGAGCUUACGACGAAUCGAAGGAAGCCAAUUUUCUUGGGCUUAGAGGAAUGGGGGUGUUUACACGCAAAGCUUUGGGUCGCGACUUGGUCGCUUUUUUAAUGAGACAAGGUGCUUAUACACAUACACAACAGAGAAUCAUGUAAGUCUGAGAAAUUGAAGAGAUAUAUCACAAGUCCUUAUCUGAACCUGACUAAAGCCUUCAAGGAG